AUGGCGCGCUCGGCGCUCGCGCGACGCCCGUGGACGACGGACGCGGGCGACGGGCUGUGGCGGGGACGGGUGGGACGGGUGGGACGAAUGCGAUGGGCGAGAGCGCCUCGAGCGGGCGUGGACGUGUGGGAAAACGUCGCGCUGCCGCUGAGCGAAGACCGCGCGAGGACGUUCAUGGAGACGUACUGGCAGAAGAAACCACUGUUGAUGCGACGGGCGAUCGCGAACUUCGUCCCGCCGAUGGAUGCGAACGAGAUCGCCGGGUUGGCGUGCGAGGAGGACGCGAGCGCGCGACUCUUCAUUCGCGAGGGCGACGCCGAGGCGUCGUGGCGGAAAUCGAUCGGUCCGUUCGAUGAGAGCGAACUCGCAUCAUUACCCUCCGAUGGGACGUGGAGUCUGAUCGUGAACGAUUUGGAUGCGCAUGCGGAGCCGUUCGGGGAUUUGCUGGAGCUCUUCAGCUGUUUUCCGCGCUGGCGCGUCUCCGACAUCCAGGCGAGCGUCUCUCCCAACGGCGGCGGGGUGGGACCGCACUCCGAUCACUUUGACGUCUUUCUUCUUCAGGCGGAGGGAGAAAAACAUUGGGCGGUCGCGGAUAACGAGGAGUACUGGCCCGAUAACGACCGAGCGUUUGUGCCGGAGUGCGAAAUCAGAGUGCUCAAGGAGUUUGUCGAGGACGAUUCGUUUACUUUGGUCCCGGGCGACAUGCUUUACUUACCUCCAAAGGUGGCUCACAAUGGGGUAGCGGUGAAUUCAGCGCCAGGGGUGAGCGUAACGCUGAGCAUAGGUUUCUUAGCGCCGACGACAGAUGAGCUGAUUCUGUCGUACACGCAGCGGGCUUCCGAAAAGUUAAAAGGAUCGCGGUGGUCCGAUCCUUGGCUCAAGCCCGCGGAGGACGUGGGAGCGAUUUCGGCGGAUGCAAUUUCCUACGCCUCGGACGUCAUCAAGCGCACUUAUCCAAAGAACGAUGCCGAAGUGGCUCGGUGGUUUGGGUGUCACGUGACUGCUCGCACGGGCGAGGACGACGAGGAAGAGCCGAGCGAAGUGAACGUAGAGGAGUUGUUAGGCGAGUGGGACGGUCGAGGUUUACUAGCACGCGAAGAUUUGCGCUUCGCUUUCGUCGAUACCGUCGCCGAUGGUAGCCUUGAAAACGCGCUGUUUUUUGCCAACGGGGCCUGUUGGGACGUGAUGAGUCCGGCGGCAACAAGAGUUGCAACAGUCGUCGCGAAUAGGGGUGAGCUUUUCGAAGAAGAUACAUACGCUGAUGAGAAAAAUUUUGACGACGAAGCUCUCAAACUCGUGCUGACGCUCUUCGAGAAGGGCUAUCUAUAUUUUCCAGAUGACGUUGAAUGA